UUAGUUUUGGUCGCAGAACGCCUUUUCAUUCAGGCCCAUUCCAACCGGCUUUAUUCUGGUCAAUCCGAGUUCCGAAAUCAUUGCCAACUCCUGUUAGCUGCUUGCCGCGUCCUGGUUGAUCAACCUUGCCUAUUCAUGACGCAACAACUGCAACAUCGAUUACUUAACCACUCUCCCAUGGCGUCGACAAAUAGUUCAGUCAUCUCUGCCCACGAUUAUGAGCUGCCCGUAAAUAACGCCUACAAACCCUCUGUAGAUGACAUCGCCCGUCUAGGCUUGGCUCUUCUCCGGCUUACUAGUUUGGCUGAUACACCGUGCGUUGGAUUACCUAAUUGA